AUGCUGGGACUCCUUCCUGCGGCCGAGCCCGCUGCUUCGUCACCUGAGAGGACGGCGCCGUCUGUGGCGCCACAGCCGUUCAAAGAUCCCAACUCACAUCCGAUGCGCCACACGUCUUCUUCGCCGUCUUCUUCCACGGCUUGCUCCUCUUCGGUGUCUUUGAAGCAGGACAAGCUCGUCCUCAGAAGUCGCUCCGGAUACACCUACUACGGGCCCAACGGGGAGAUUUUCCGCCACAAAAAAACCGCCGACCGCGUUCGCCGCGCCAAGAAGUAUCACAGGAAAGACAUCGGGCCUUCCGAGUGGGGAAAAUACAAGUACGUGGACUCCACGAUCUGCGAGGACUCAUUCAACAUCAAGGAGACUCUGCCGCGCAUCUACAAGACUAACACCAGUCUGAAAGAUUUCGUCGAGAAAUUCGAGAUCCCCUGCCAGCCGGUUCUUCUCUGCGGGUGGAUGGAAGGGUGGCCGGCGAUGGAGCGCUGGGAGCCGCGCGUCCUGGAACGCCGCUUUCGCUCCGCUCGCUUCAAGGUCGGCGAAAAGGACGACGGCGAGAAAAUUCGAAUGAAGAUGAAGUACUUCAUCGAUUACAUGGAGAAUCAACGCGACGACUCGCCUCUCUACUUGUUCGAGUCCGCCGUCGAGGAAAAAGCAGACACCUGCGGACUCCUGGAGGACUGGAUCGUUCCCGAGGUCUUCCCGGUUGACCUCCACGCAAUCGUGGGAGAGGAGAAGCGACCGCCACACCGCUGGUUUUGUAUCGGCCCCAAGAGGAGCGGCACCACCGUACACGUCGACCCCCUGGGGACAGCAGCAUGGAAUGCAGUCACUCACGGCUACAAGCGCUGGGCUCUAUUUCCGCCCUCCGUCGCACGCCACAUCGUGAAAGGGAAGCAUCUUUUGAAACGUGGAGAAGACGACGAGGCGAUUAUGUGGUUCGACUUCAUUCUUCCGCGGAUUCGAGAAAACUAUCCAGACGUCCCCAUCUAUGAGUGCAUUCAGCGACCGGGCGAGGUCAUCUACGUCCCAGGCGGCUGGUGGCACGCAGUCCUGAACUUGACCGACUGCGUGGCAUGCACGCAGAACUUUGUCUCCUUCUCGUUUCUCCCCUCGGCUUGGAGAAGCACCAGACGCGGCAGAAGGCGCUACGCGGUUCUGUGGAAGGAACGCUUCCGCCGCUUCUUCCCCGAGGACGUCGGCCUGGGCGUCCUGAACGACUGCGACGCGAACGACGGCUGGCAGGUGCGCGACGGCAAGUUUUGCCGCGUGCAGCCUCCGCGCGGAGCGGCGGAGUACCUCUCGGAGUCGAGUUCGUCGACUUCCUCCAGCAGCAGCAGCGACAGCGACUCGUCCGACGACGAGGACGAGCUGGAGCUCAUUGGGGAGCAAGUAAACCGCAUGCGUGCGGGCGUCGACGCCGCCACAUGGGGCCUUUACCGGAGGACGAAUGCCUUGCUUCUCACUCAGCAGCGCGGCGCCACAAGCGCCGCCACCCUCGUGCCCCCCCCGCCGCGCCGUGCGGCGCCGUUCUCGGAGGACUGCCGUCGGGAGGAGAGCACUGCGAAGGAGGACGCCGCUCAGGAGCGAGCGAUGGAGGAAGACGUGCACCGCCGCGCAGCUGCAGGUCGAUGUGGGCUGAUCUUCGAGGAGGGCGGCGAUGGCGGGGCUGCAGCGAAGUGCCCGGCGAGGGCGAACGGCGCGCCCGAGCGAACUGUAAAGAGACGCAGCGGCGACGCGGCACCGAGUGAAAUAGUCGAGGCGCCUACCCAGCAGAACGUCGCGGAGGCAGGCGUGGGAGCUGCGGACGCGGACGCUACGCGGUUGCUGGCGGCGGAGGCUAAUGAGCAACAAGUCAAAAAGUCGCGCCUCGCUGAUGCGUAG